AUUUCAGUUUUGAAUUCACUUCAGUACCUACUUUCACUCGACAAGUUUUCGGUUAAAACAUUUUUUUGUUUUAUUUUUUUUAGUUCUGUGCACGGAUUUGCUAAAGAAGACGUUACGAAUUUCGGAUUUUAUUUUAGACAAUUAAGUUCGAUCGAAUCCAAUAAUCGUUACAAUGAAGGCAUUUUUGGCAGUUGUUAGUGUUGCUCUAUUGUGUGUGCAAAUUCAUGCAGCGGAAGAAGAGAGUAUAAAACAGGGCGACAGUGAGGCUGAUGGAAUCAAAAUUUAUAAAAGAUUAAUACCGGCUGAUGUUCUAAGAGAUUUCCCUGGCAUGUGUUUUGCAUCAACUCGAUGUGCCACCGUUGAGCCUGGUAAAACAUGGGACCUAACACCAUUCUGUGGUCGUUCCACGUGUGUAGUCAGUCAAGACAAGUCACCACAAUUGUUAGAAUUGGUUGAAGAUUGCGGACCACUACCAUUGGCCAACGACAAAUGCAAACUUGAUACAGAACGUACAAACAAAACUGCUUCUUUCCCAUACUGUUGUCCACAUUUCACAUGCGAAGAUGGUGUUAAAUUGGAAUAUCCAGAAAUUAAACCAGAUGCUGCUGACAAGAAGAACUAAACUUUGAUGAAACGACGCUUAAUUUAUUGAGCUUUUUUAUCAGCAGGUCAAACUUUUUUUUUUAAUUUCCAUUUUUUUCUAAAUUAGAAUGUAGAACAGUGAUACAGCUGCGAUAUAUACAAAAAAGAGAGAGAGUUUGAAUUUUAAUCAUUCCACACUUUCUACAGAACAUCACAACCUAUUUUGUACGGUACCCAUAUGUCGGUUUUUAGCAAAUAAAUCUGUUACAAAUCGAACGAAA